CAGCCCUGAAGACAGGGUUGGGGGCCCUGCACCACCCUUUUCCUGGGCUGUGCCCCUCGGGUUCACAUCUCGGUCUGGACCAGACUUUCAGGAGCUUGGCGCCACCAUCUGGGGCUGGACGUCCAGCGCUGGAACCAGUGACGGUGCCAGGCUCAGAGCCUCAGCCGUGAGGCGUCUCAGUCCGCAGUGCCGUCGGCAGUGGGAAUAAGCCAGCCUCGCCUUCUGCUUCAGGUGCGAGCACCCACCGGCCUGCGCCGUGCGCAGCGGUUCCGAACCGCCCCGCGCUCCACCCAUUGUGACGCGGGUCCGGCGGCGGCGGGCAGAGCCGGGGCAUGGCCGAGGCGCAGGAGCUACUGCUGCAGCUGCUGAAGGACAACCGCGACGGGCGGCUGCGGAAGCAGGAGCUGGAGGAGCUGGUGCGCGGGCUGGAGGCCGAGAGCGAGAGCCUCACAGAACGCCUGCACGACCUGAGCGAGCGCGAGCGCAGCCUGCAGCGGCGGCGGAGCCAGGCGGCGCGGGCCCUGCGCGGGGAGGCGAGCGAGGCGGCGCGGGAGCGCGCAGACCGGGCGCGCCGGCUGCUGGAGGCUGAGGAGCAGCACAAGCGGGAUCUGGAGCAACAAAACCGUCAGCUGCAGGAGCAGUGGGAGGAGCUGUCAAGCCAGCUCUUUUACUAUGGAGGAGAACAACUGAGUCAGCAGCGCGCAGAGCAGCAACUCGGGACCCAACUGGUGGCUUUGCAGAAACACCUGGAGCUGGUGGAGGCCAAGCACGCCAUGCAGGCGGAGGCCCUGCGGCAGAGCGCACAGCGGACGGAGGAGGCCUGGGCCAGCUUCCAGGAGCAGAGCGGAGUCUUGCAGGAGCUGCAGGGGAAGGUGAUGGAGGCGGCGACUGCGCUGGACGCCUCGCAGGGCGGCCCGGAGCCGUGCGAGUCGCAGCCUCGCCGGGGGCAGGGCUGCGCGGGCUCACUCAUGGAGGAGGUGGCCAAAGCGGACUGUGAGAAGCGGCUGUUCGGCGGCGCGGGCGCGGCGGGCAUCAGGCUGUGGGCGCUGGGCUCGCUGCAGACGCUGCUGCUGCUCCUGCUGGGCGUCGUGGCGCUGCCGCUGCUCUACCUGGCGCUGGUGAACCCCUCGGCCCUCCGCCGCGGGCUCAUGCGCCCCGGCUCGGACGCCGCCAUACGUCGCCUACGCUACACGCUGGCCCCGCUGCUGGAGCUGCGCGCGCGCGGACUGCUGCCCGCCUAGUGCAUCACGCCGGCCGCGGCCGCCAGCACCCGUGUCUCCCGCGU